AUGACAAAGACAGGUAAACCUGACAGUUACUGGGCAUCUAUCCUGCACCAGUAUGCCCAGGGGAAAUACAAAUUUACUACUGGCAAGAAACCGGGGGCCAGGAAAUGGAAGGCUGUAAUGAAGCGCAUCGACACCUGUCCACUGACUCCCGUCUUCAACCAAAGACCUCGGGAAUACACCAUCUUUGGGAAAAAAAUCCUUUGCCAAUGUGGCUAUCAUAAGUCAGCUGAGCAGGCAGGUUCCUCAGGGAGCCAGCAAACAGAGGGAGAGAGCGGCUCAAUUGCAGGGAGGCCACAGACAGCCCCCGCAACGCAGAGCAGUUCAGCUGCCUCCGCAACGCAGAGCAGUUCAGCUGCCUCCGCAACGCAGAGCAGUUCAGAUGCCCCCACAAUGCAGAGCAGUUGGAGCAGGUCAGCUGCCCGCGCAACGCAGAGCAGUUCAGCUGCCUUCGCAACGCAGAGCAGUUGGAGCAGGUCAGCUACUUCCGCAACGCAGAGCAGGUCAGCUGCUCCCGCAACACAGAGCAGCUUGAGUGCAAGUAGACAGACUGCAGCACAGAUUAAGUGUGCUCUUUGUAGCAUUGACAUUAGUGGUGACAAGUUCUCUGAACACCUAUCUGACUUCCACACAGACGAAUGUUGUGAGCAGUGUGGAAGAAAGGUAAGUGGUGCAGUUGGGCUGCUCCACCAUAUUGAGGAACACCAUCAUAAAUUAUCAAAACAACCUCAACUACCAUGCCCACCACCACCACAACAACCUCCACCACCAUCACGACAACAACCGCCAUUUCCACCACCACAACAACCUCCUCCUCCUCCUCCUCCCACAUCUCCACAUGUGAUCAUCCUGAGGCCACCGGAGGUCAAUUGGGUGAGUUUUCUCCCCAAACAGUUCAUGCGGGUAAUCCAACCAGCCGACCGGGAGUGGAUUGCCCAGUGCCUUUAUGACCCCGCAGGACAGCUGAAACAACAGUUAUCACAAAACUGGUUCCAUCCACCCAAUCCACCAAAACCAGCAACAACACUACCUGAUCCAAUGACAUACUUCAGGCAGCGGAUGUUUCUGUGGGCACCGAUGCGGAUGUGGGGUAUUCCACUUAAGUGCCAUCAGUGCAAUACUAAGAUGCACCACUCCGGCAUUUACACAAAGGUACGGGAGGUCAUUGACCUUGACUCCAGGUACUACUUGGUCGGCGGAGAAUAUCCUCGGUGCAUACUGAGAUGUUAA